ACCUUCGAUUCCUGUUCCGAGCCAUUGCGACAGUGGGCGGUGGUCCACUCAUUCUGCUGCCUUGCACAUGCGGCCAGUCCCAGUCCAGUCCCAGUCCGCGCACAAGAGGCGUCCAGCUACUCCCAGGCGAAUCGAGAGAGCUUUCAGCUUUGCCAGUGAAGAGCGAGCGCGCUGUUAUGGAAAGGGAAACAACUGGAUGACACAUAAAAGUGGUUCCUUUCAUCCCUUUCUCUCUCUACGCUGUUGAAUCUUUUUCUUUUCUCAGUCAUCUUUGCUUUGUAGCAGCCUACAGGUCCGUUGAUUGAUCUGGUGUGGGAGCAUUUCCACUGCUCUUGCUUUAUCGUCUCAUCUCGAUUUGUUCGCCCAAUUUGGCUUAUUUUUUCCAUGUAAUCGCGCGCCGUACGCUUGUCUCCUCUCGAUCUGGGAGGUCGAUUUCUGCAGCCGGCACAUCGGGCUCCAUUCGUCGGAGCCAGUUCUUGGUCAAAGACUCGGCCUUUGUCUGAUCGUCCUCGUCUUCGUUUGGCAUGCGAGGUUAGCAACGUGUCGUGCCGGGAUGAGGGAAAGUGAAGGUGAGUGAGUAUUUCGCUGGAGGGGAAUGUAUUAGGGUUCCUUGGCGAUAGCCUCACCGGCGAACGAUGGCAACCGACGUACGGCCACGAGAUCCGAGCAUUCAGCCCCCAAUGGUACCCCUGGCAACCCUCAUCGGCCGGGAGAUCCGAGGCGGCAAGUCUCAGAAGCCAUCCAUUAAGUAUGGCCACGCCGCUUUCGCUAAGAGGGGGGAAGAUUACUUCCUUCUGAGGCCCGUCUGCUUCCGGGCUCCUGGCGACCCCGCGUCCUUGUUCUCGGUGUUCGCGAUCUUUGACGGGCACAAUGGAGCUUCUGCUGCUGUGUUUGCAAAAGAGCACCUUUUGGAUCACGUCAUGAGCACGAUUCCUCAGGGAAUUGGUAGAGAAGAGUGGCUUGAAGCCCUUCCUCGGGCACUUGUCGCUGGUUUUGUUAAGGCAGACACCGAGUUCCAGCGCAAAGGGGAGACUUCUGGGACAACGGCGACACUCGUUGUCAUCGAUGGUUGGACUGUGACAGUUGCAUCUGUAGGUGAUUCUCGCUGCAUACUGGAUUCACUGGAUGGCGUAGUUUCGUUGCUAACGGUCGACCAUAGACUGGAAGAGAAUGUUGAGGAGAGAGAACGUGUUACUGCCAGUGGUGGGGAGGUUGGAAGACUUAACCUUUGUGGAGGGAAAGAGAUUGGGCCACUCCGAUGCUGGCCUGGUGGGCUAUGCCUUUCGAGGUCAAUUGGAGAUACAGAUGUAGGCGAGUUCAUUGUCCCAAUUCCUCAUGUGAAGCAAGUGAAGCUUUCAGCUGCUGGAGGACGGUUAAUAAUUGCUUCUGACGGCAUUUGGGAUGCUCUUCCAUCUGAGCUAGCUGCCAAAGCUUGCCGAGGACUUCCUGCAGAACUUGCUGCGAAGCUUGUUGUCAAGGUGAUCACAAAUGAAGCUUUACGAAAAAGUGGGCUAAAAGAUGACACAACUUGCCUAGUUGUUGAUAUCAUUCCACCAGAUUGUACAUUUGUACAACCUUCAAUACUAAAGCAGCAAAACAAAUUCAGAUCCCUCCUUUUCGGGAAGAAGUCGAAGAAUGGUGCUGGUAAACCUACCAAACUGUCUUCUGUUGGAGCUGUGGAGGAAUUGUUUGAGGAAGGGUCGGCUAUGCUGGAAGAAAGACUGGGAAAGAACAUCUCGUCGAUGGAGAACUCAGGGAAUCAACGCUGUGCUAUUUGCCAGGCAGACCAAGUACAAGAUGACGAUCAAUUAGUUCAUUCCAGUGAUUCUUUUCCUGCAACAUCAAGGCCGUGGGAGGGUCCAUACCUCUGCCAUGAUUGCCGGAGAAAGAAAGACGCCAUGGAGGGAAAACGGCCUCGCAAAUCAACGAUGUCAAGGUGAAACACAGCGUGGAGCCAAGUUAAAUCUCAAGUAAAUGUAUAAUGGGCAAGGCGAAUAAGCUGCCAGGCUGAUGCUCCAGAGUCGGUUGCCUAAUUGUUGUUUGGACUGUAAAAUGUGUGAUAUCUCGGGUUGUGAUCGUUUGAAGACUAACCAAUUCCGAUUUUUGUAUGGUGAACCAGUACUGAUGCAAUCCCUAUUUCUCAACAAAUGACUUCUUUGUACUCGAGCCUCAAGUAAAAUUGCAGAGUGUUCUACUG